AUGCGGGCCACAGCGGGUGUGAGGCUCCCCAACCCCCCCACGCCCCGCACAAAGCCCAGACCGGGUCGCGGCCCAGCGGCGGGGGCUUCAGCAGCUCUGGGAGGCUCCGCCCGCGGAAGGCUGAGCUCCAAGAGCCGGCUCACGGCCCGGGAGCUGCGCGGAGCCCUCACCUGGGGGCCUGCGCUCAGAGCCCUGCCUUCCAGGGCCGCUGCCCCCCUCCAGGACGGAGGGCGCAAGCAGGAGGCCGUGGGGACCCGAGGGAAAGCCAUGUCCCAGAGCUUCGUGGAGGUUGGAGAUGUGGCCAUAGAUUUCUCCCAAGAGGAGUGGGAGUGGCUGAACCCUGCUCAGAGGAUGCUGUACCGGAAGGUGAUGUUGGAGAGCUACAGGAACCUGGCAUCGCUGGGACUUCGUGGUUUCAAGCCCGCUGUGAUCGCCUCUUUGGAACAAGGAAAAGAGCCUUGGGCAGUGAAGAGAAAGAUGGCAAGAGGCUGGAGCCCAGGCUUGAAGACUGUGAAGGGAAGUACGAAGUUUCCUCCAAAGAGGGACUUUUGUGGAAAGGUUUCCCAGGCAGUGAGGACAGAGAGACUCAGAAACUGCAGUCUGGAAUACUCUGUUGGGGGACGCCCGGGCUUGGGCAGUGUCACGGAUAUGGCCUUAGAGUCCUCCCAGCAACCGGACCCAGCGCAGAGGAGCCUCUGGAAGAGCGCAGUGUGGGAGAACCACAGCGACCUGGGAGCCUCAGAACAUCGUGUUUCCAAGCCCGAUUUCCUCUCGUCAUGGGAGGAAGGGAAGGAGCCCUGGAUGGGGAGGAGAGAUGUGGCAGGAGGCCUGUUCUCACGUGAGUGUGCGAGAGCCUGGUGUGGAAAAGCCAGUGCAGGCCAGCAAUCUGUCAGUGAGACUCAGGAAUUAUUUCCAAAGCAGGACUCAUGUGCUGAAGAGAUAAUGGACAGGACUUCCCACACUAAACUUGAGUGUUCCAAUUUCCGAGAAAAUUGGGAUUCUGAGGGUGUGUUUUGGAAAGAAGUAAGUCAAGAGACACAAUUCAGGCAAGGGACCAUUACUCACAACAAAACCCACUCUAAGGAGAGUGUGUAUAACAAAUCUGGAAAGUGUUUCCACUUGGACAAUUCAGAAGAGAGACUUCAUAAUCACGACUCAAUUGAAAUUUUCCCAAAAAGUUAAGCCGUAAUAAAGCAAACAGGAAUCUAUGCAGGAAAAAAGCUUUUCAAAUGUAAUGAAUGUAAGAAAACUUUUACCCAGAGCUCAUCCUUUACUGUUCACCAGAUAAUUCAUACUGGAGAGAAGCCCUAUAAAUGUAAAGACUGUGGAAAGGCCUUUAGUGAUGGUUCUUCCUUCGCACGUCAUCAGAGAUGUCACACUGGCAAAAAGCCCUAUGAAUGAAGUGAAUGUGGGAAAGCUUUUAUACAGAACACUUCCCUUAGCCGUCACUGGAGAUGCUGUCACACUGGGGAGAAACCUUUUGACAGCAAUGAUUGUGGGGAAGCCUUAUGUGAUCAGACAGGGCUUAAUCAACAUAGGAGAAUUCAUACUGGAGAGAAACCUUACACAUGUGAUGUUUGUCACAAGUCCUUUAGGUAUGGCUCACCCCUUACUGUACAUCAGAGGAUUCACACCGGGGAAACACUGUAUGAAUGUGGUGUGUGCAGAAAAGCCUUCAGCCAUCAUGCAUCUCUCACUCAACAUCAACGAGUACAUUCUGGAGAAAAGCCUUUUAAGUGUAAAGAAUGUGGGAAGGCUUUUAGGCAGAAUAUACACCUUGCUAGUCAUUUAAGGACUCGUACUGGGGAGAAACCUUUUAAUGUGGGGAAUAUGGGAGCCUUCAGCAUCAGUUCACAGCUGGCCACUCAUCAGAGGAUUCAUACUGGAGAAAAGCCCUAUGAAUGUAAGGUUUGCAGUAAAGCAUUUACACAGAAGGCUCAUCUUGCACAGCAUCAGAAAACUCAUACAGGAGAGAAACCUUAUGAAUGUAAGGAGUGUGGUAAAGCCUUCAGCCAGACCACACACCUCAUUCAACAUCAGAGUGUUCAUCCUGGAGAGAAACCAUAUAAAUGGAUGGAAUGCAGGAAGGCCUUUAGUGAUAAGGUAUCAUGUACUCAACAUCAAAGACUCCACACCGUCCAAAGACCUUAUGAAUGUAUUGAAUGUGAAAAGGCCUUCAAGACAAAGUCAUCCCUUAUUUGUCAUCGCAGGAGUCACAAUGGAGAGAAACCAUAUGAAGGUAGUACAUGUGGCAAGGCCUUCAGCCAUCGCCAGUCCCUUAGUGUGCAUCAGAUAAUUCAUUCUGGAAAGAAACCGUGUGAAGGUAAGGAAUGUAGGAAAACCUUCAUCCAAAUUGGACACCUCAAUCAACAUAAGAGAGUUCAUACUGGAGAGAGAUCCUACAACAAUAGGAAAAGUCGAAGAGCCUUUAGGCCAACCAUGCACUUUGCUCACCAUCAGUGAAUGCACACUGGAGAGUCCUCAACACACCCUUCUUUACCUUCCACACCAAGUUCUGUGGAUCUGUUUCCCAAAUGUCUCUGGAAUCCAUCCUCAGUUCCAUUGGCAUAG